UUGGUUAUUAAUACGGCGUGAAGGAAGGCAGCUGAAUAUUUGCUUGAGAUUCUAGCACGGAGCUGUGUCGGUAAAAUAUUCGUCAACUCAACUUCAAAAUGCGCGAAAUAGUCCAUCUUCAAGCUGGUCAGUGUGGAAAUCAAAUUGGAGCUAAGUUUUGGGAGGUUAUCUCAGACGAACAUGGUAUAGAUCCCACAGGAACCUAUCAUGGUGACUCCGAUCUUCAACUUGAAAGGAUCAAUGUCUACUACAACGAAGCAACAGGUGGCAAGUAUGUCCCACGAGCCAUUUUGGUUGACUUGGAACCAGGCACAAUGGAUUCUGUACGCUCUGGGCCAUUUGGCCAGGUUUUUAGGCCAGACAAUUUUGUCUUUGGUCAAAGUGGCGCCGGCAAUAAUUGGGCAAAAGGACACUAUACGGAAGGUGCAGAGCUUGUCGAUUCUGUACUCGACGUUGUCAGAAAAGAAUCGGAGAGCUGUGACUGUCUUCAAGGAUUCCAACUGACACAUUCACUUGGUGGCGGUACUGGAUCUGGUAUGGGCACUCUGCUCAUCUCAAAGAUCCGUGAAGAAUACCCAGACAGAAUUAUGAACACUUUCAGUGUUGUACCGUCCCCAAAAGUAUCAGACACUGUUGUUGAACCAUACAAUGCGACCCUUUCCGUACAUCAACUUGUAGAAAACACUGAUGAAACAUUCUGCAUCGACAACGAAGCUUUGUAUGACAUCUGCUUCAGAACACUUAAACUGACCACACCAACAUAUGGAGAUCUGAACCAUCUUGUCUCAGCUACCAUGAGUGGUGUCACCACCUGUCUCAGGUUCCCAGGACAGCUGAAUGCUGAUCUGAGGAAACUGGCAGUCAACAUGGUGCCAUUCCCACGAUUGCACUUCUUCAUGCCUGGCUUCGCUCCACUCACAAGCAGAGGCUCACAGCAGUACAGAGCCUUGACUGUGCCUGAACUGACUCAACAAAUGUUUGAUUCCAAGAACAUGAUGGCAGCCUGUGACCCACGUCAUGGACGAUACCUGACUGUUGCUGCCAUGUUCAGAGGCAGAAUGUCAAUGAAGGAAGUUGAUGAGCAAAUGUUGAAUGUCCAAAACAAGAACAGCUCAUACUUUGUUGAAUGGAUCCCAAACAACGUGAAGACUGCAGUUUGUGACAUUCCUCCACGUGGUCUGAAGAUGUCAGCCACAUUCAUUGGCAACAGCACAGCAAUCCAAGAACUAUUCAAGAGAAUCAGCGAACAAUUCACUGCUAUGUUCAGAAGAAAGGCUUUCUUGCAUUGGUACACUGGAGAAGGUAUGGAUGAAAUGGAAUUCACAGAAGCAGAAUCCAACAUGAAUGACUUGGUGUCUGAGUAUCAGCAGUACCAGGAAGCAUCUGCUGAGGAGGAGCCGGAGUUUGAAGAAGAAGAGGAAGAAGAGGCGUAAAAUGAAGAAUCUUCAGACAUGAAACACUCUUAUUUCUAUAAUUGUCUUGUUUCAAUAAAUCUUGAAUGGAUUUUUAACUGAAGUCUCGCUUCAAAUUGCUAGUACACAUUUUAUGAAUUCGCCAUCUGGAUAAAAGCUUAUUUUUUGGUAUGUAGGGUAUUCAGAUAAAAAAGUUAACUGAAUUGAAAGCUUGACCUGAAGGCUGCUUGUUAUUGUCUUCGAAGGUGAUCAUGUGUUCACCAAAAGACUGAGAGAAAUAAGUGUCAUGGCUUAAGCUCUUUUUAGGUAAUAGAUUACUUUUUGUUUUUCCACUCUGUCAUGGAUUGAUAAACAAAUUUGAGAUUUUUACAUAAUUAAGUUGGAAUGGAUGUUGGUUAGUUGCUUGAUGAAAUGUCUCGAAAUGCCAAUAUCAUCGAGCAUCUGUGCGCGAACAAGGGAUAUAUAAUUAGGAAUCUGAUUGUAUUUGAUGAAUCUGUAAACAUUUGUCAAUGUAGUAAUUAUCAGGAGAUUCCAUAGUCUAUAGAAAAAUUGUAGGCCAAAACAAACAUGCAAAUUAUCGAGUUAGCUUUAUCAUCUUUUCGGAUGCUUGCUCAUAGCAAUUACUUAAAGAAACAAAAGAUACAAUAUAUUUGUUCAUGGCUCUUUUCGUAAUUUUGAUAUCUUAUUAUCAAGCUUAGGUCUCUUGCUUGGCAAGCCUAUAUACUUGCAUUCGGAACGACGUCAUAUGUAUCUGGUUGUAAUCACAUAAUUCUUUAUUUAUAGAAACUAUUUAUAAGGACAUACCAUUCUUAUUCUUAUAUAUUUGGACAACAAUUGGUCUUG